AAUAAUAAUGGGGGUGUUGACUUGCUAGGCGCUCACAUCCUCUGAUUAAGAUGUAAGUAAAACGAGGACCCCACACAACUCUUCAUAAACUUUCAUCAAACCUCCUAUUUUCUCUCUCUCCCCCCUUUUUUUCUCUCUCUAUCUCUGCCCUUUCUCUCUCUAAAAACUGAAAAACCAAAGCAUUAUUAUUGUUCAUAACGGUGAUGGUGGUGGUGGUGGUGAAGGAGGAGGGACAUGGAGGCUGUGGAGGAAGUGGCGGCGCCGCCUUGUCGGAAUAACACCACCGACCUCUCCCCCAUCGCCAAGGGCAAGCGCACCAAGAGACUCAGGACUCACUCCCCUAUUCCCUUCACCAUCACACCACCACCCCCCGCCGCCGACCACCACCCUCCCCGCCGCAGCCCCACCUCCUCCGAGGAGAGCACCACCACCGAGGAGGUCGAGACCGCCAGAUGCCUCAUCCUCCUUUCCCGCGGCCAUUUUCCUCCACUCUCCCCCAAACCCACCAGGACCGGCGGCGGCGGCGCGUGCGUCUACACAUGCAAGACGUGUAACCGCGCAUUCCCGUCGUUCCAGGCCCUCGGCGGCCACCGCGCGAGCCACAAGAAACCCAGGAACGAUAAGAGAGCCGCCAUGUUUUCCGACGAGGAGGAUUUUCCGUCGCCGUCGAUGUCUUCAUUCAGGAACAGAAUUUCCCCCAACUCCCUCUCUCUCCAGCUGAGCAACAUCUCCACCACCGCCGCCUUCUCCGCCGCCGUGAAGUCGUCGCCGUCGCCCAGGAUCCACGAGUGCUCCUACUGCGGGGCGGAGUUCACCUCCGGCCAGGCCCUCGGCGGCCACAUGAGGAAGCACCGCGGCGGUCCGAUAUUAAACAGGUCGCCGAACAACGUCCAGUUAUUAUUACCAGAAGCCUCCAUUGAAGAGCUCGAGCUCGCACAAUCCAAAAAAACCCGACCCGGACCCGGACCCGGAUCCGGGCUCUCUUUGGAUCUCAAUCUUCCGGCGCCGGAAGAUAAUCAUGAUAAAGAGAAAGAGCGACCAUUGAUUAACUGCCAUUAUUAAAAUUGAGAAGCUUUUUAAAAAUUAAUUUUAUUAUAUAUACAUGUUCGGCACUACUCUUAUUUACUACUAAUAUAUUUUUUUAUUAUAUUAUUAUUCAGACAAUUAUAAUUUAUUUAUUUAUUCGAUAUU